CAGUCGCGCGCGUGAAUCUCUCACCGUCGCAGUCGUCCGCGAGGAUGUAUCCAACAACUAGGCUCCUGCCGUGCGCGCGCUGCCGUCAAUGUAACGGAAUCACAUGUGCCCCUGUGAUCUAACGGCGGCACUGUUCUGUUUCUCUGGGCUCGGAUGUUCCGCGCGCUCCAUACACAAUUCAACUGGGAAAUCAACGCACACCAGCCAUGGCGCUGGUCAUGGAACCCAUCAGCAAAUGGUCCCCAAAGCAGGUGCUGGACUGGAUGAAAGGGUUGGAUGACUGUUUGCUGCAGUAUAUGAGGACAUUUGAGAGAGAGCAGAUAACUGGAGAGCAGCUGCUUCACAUCACCCAUCAGGAGCUGGAAGAGCUUGGCGUGACCCGCAUCGGACACCAGGAGCUCAUUCUGGAGGCUGUGGACUUACUCUGCGCACUGAACUAUGGUCUAGAGACAGAGAAUUUGCGGACUUUGUCGCACAAGCUCAGUGCAUCCGCUAAGAAUCUGCAGAACUUCAUUACGGGCCGCCGCCGUGGGGGGCAUUAUGAUGGACGGGUGUCACGCCGCCUUCCGAACGACUUCCUGACUUCAGUCGUUGACCUCAUCGGAGCAGCAAAAAAUCUACUAGCCUGGCUGGACAGGUCUCCAUUUGUCAGUGUUUCUGAGUACUCAGUGCUGAAGAACAAUAUUGUUCAGCUCUGUCUAGAGCUAACCACCAUAGUACAGCAGGAUUGCACAGUGUAUGAAACUGAGAAUAAGAUUCUACAUGUGUGUAAGACUCUAUCAGGUAUCUGCGAGCACAUUAUUUCAUUGUCGUCCGAUUCGUUGGUGUCGCAGUCUGCCCACCUAGAGGUUGUCCAUCUGACGAACGUUAUGCCUAGCGAGGGCCUGGGCAUGUACAUCAAGUCCACAUAUGAUGGCCUUCAUGUGAUCACUGGAACCACAGAGAAUUCUCCUGCAGAUCAGUGUAAGAAGAUCCACGCCGGUGAUGAGGUCAUUCAGGUCAAUCACCAAACAGUGGUGGGCUGGCAGUUGAAGAAUUUGGUUAACUGUCUCCGUGAGGAUCCAAGUGGAGUCAUCCUCACGCUGAAGAAGAGGCCACAGAACACUCUGGGCUCCACCCCUGCACUGCUGAAGAACGCCCGCUGGAAACCACUUGCCCUGCAGCCGCUGUCCACCAGUCCAUGCAGUGGUUCUCCCACCCCACCCAGCACGCUCGGGUCAGUGGGCCUCUCACCUGGAGUCGACACACCUGGGGGACAUGAUGUUUUUAUUCUUUCCCCUGUCUACGGACACAGAGAGGAAGAUCUGGAUCGGGGUGGAUUUGGUGUGUUUGGCUCGGAUUCUCCGGGGUAUUAUGUAGAACAGGAGAUAAUGGGGGGUCAGUACUUCCCCCUCCUUGAAGAGGAUUCUGGGAGAAAUACCGGGCUGCGACGCAGAGACCGGACCCCAACUCACAAUGACAUCCGACAGGUUUCCAUGGGAACUGACUGGCUGGCAGAGCCUCAAGAAUCUGGAGUUUACAAAAGAGGUAGCAGAGAUUCGGAUUCCUCCCUCUUGCGGUUCCUCAGUGAUGACAGGAUUUUGUUGAUCCAGGAAGAGGCAGAGUUUUCCCAGCGUGACACGAGCAGGCGAUCCAGGAAGAAGAGCCGAAAUCCCAGCAGUCCCAGUUUUCCCAUUAGUCCCUCUAUGCUUGCCCCGCCUGUGCGUCUGGACACAGGUCCCCCCGAGGGGCUGCCUUUCCCCGUGCCCGACUCUAACACAAUGCCACACUACCAUAGAGCUGCAGACACACUUCGAGCAGAUGCUGAUAGAUAUGCCAGUUCAGGACUUGACCGACAAGCAGGGGCAUCAAUGAGGAAGUCUGUACAUUAUGCCUCUCUGAGGACCAAGCCCAAGAAAAAGAGCAAAGGGUCCCUCAGUAGUGCCAGCAGGAGGCGUAUUGCCUGCAAAGAUCUGGGUCAUGGUGACUGUGAAGGCUGGCUAUGGAAAAAGAAAGACGCCACUGGCUACUUCACGCAGAAAUGGAAAAAGUACUGGUUCGUUCUCAAAGACUCCAACCUGUACUGGUACACCAAUCAGAACGAUGAGAAAGCAGAGGGCUUCAUCAGUUUGCCAGAGUUUCGGAUAGACAGAGCGAUUGAAUGCAGGAGGAAACAUGCCUUCAAAGCAUGUCAUCCUAAAAUUAAGAGUUUCUUUUUUGCUACAGAUCAUUUAGAGGAGAUGAACAGGUGGAUGAAUCGUUUAGGCUUGGCUGCGAUUGGCUACACGCCUGAUGAUCCGGUACCACGUCCUGAUGAAGAUUACUGGAGUGAGAGUGACCAGGAUGAGGUUGAUGGGUCUAUGACACUCAAACAGGAAGCCACAUACCACCACAACCCCCCUGGAACUUCGUCCAGUCCAUUUCCUGAGCGCCAUUUUUCCAGUGGCUCCACAUUCUCGCAUUCUUCCGCUGAGGAGUCCCAUUCUUCCUGCAGAUCCUCCCACCGAGAACGCCGCUCAUGGCAGGACCUGAUUGAAACCCCCUUGACCAGCACAGGUCUACACUACCUGCAGACCGCAGAAGAGGAGGAGCCAGCACUGCUGCCACCUGAUCAUCAUCGACAGGCCACGCUCCCCGCCCAGCACCGGCGUCCUCUGGAACGUGACGGGCCGUUUCCGUUGACGGACAGCGAAGAGUCCCGGCCUCGCCAUCACACUCACAAGCAGCGUAGUCAGAGCCUCCCACGCCACCGCGACACACACGGACACUCGCACCGCAGCACUCGUACGCACACUCACACACACGGCACUCUGAGGCCAAGAACUCAUCUCCAUGAGGAGGAGGAAGAAGAGGAGGAAAAGCAGGUUCGGAAAUCUAGAAGCAGGAAACCUGAGAGCGAAGAGAAAGUGUAUGACAGCACGGAUGGCCUGCAGGAGCUGUACCAAUCGCUGGAGCAGGCCAGUCUCUCGGCUUUUGGCCAACAAAGGCCUUCCACCAAACAAGAGUUCAGACGCUCCUUCAACAAACGCAGCAAUGACCCCACCACAAAUGAACGACUGCACCGCAUACGGGUUCUCCGCUCCACGCUAAAGGCAAAGGAGGGCGACUUGGCAAUAAUCAGUCAUUUGCUGGACGACCCUUGUUUGACCUCAAGGAAGUUUCGUGAAUGGAAGCAACGUAACCACGAGCUCUUCCUGGAUAUCUGUGAGUUCAGCUCUGCUCCAUUGGAACUGCCCAGCGAGUCCAACGACCUUUCACCUCUCUCGCCAACGCUGAUGAUGCAUACUCACUCUUUCAUAGAAACACACGUGUGAAACACAGUCACGCACCCACACGACUAACAAACAGUCACAUGCUAAAAUACAGACAUAAAGGUAUAUGAAUAACAUGGAUUGCGCAUUUCAAACCCGCAUACACACACUUUGAAAAACACUGUGGAUCCAGACUGUCCUCACUUUUUCCUCGACGGAUGACCUGAUACUGCCCUCCUUCCGACCGUGAGUGACACCAGAUUGAACCAAUACACUGUAAGAUCAAUGUCAAAGAACUGACCCAGCCUCCAGAACUACUGCAGACAGACACGCAGGCACUGAAUCCGAAAGGUGAAUAAAACUGCUCGUCAUGGAAGCGAAAGUGUUACCUGCACAUGUACAGCUCACUGCAAACACUGUACAAUAUAUUUCAUCACAGCCACAUUUUGAGACGGAUGGAAGAAAGGCCCCGUGAGGUGCCCACUGCAUGCUUCAAGAAUCAUCUUUUCAGAUUAAUUGACUACCUGUUGAACAAAAUAGGACCGUAUAUAAAAAGGAAAUCUUUUAUUUUUCUCUAUGAUUGGAGUA